GGGCGCCCGACCCCCAAUCGCGCGGCCGCCGCCUGCGCCGCCCGGCCGGAUUUGAGCCGGGCCCGCGGCUAGCAGACCCAGGCGCUGGCUGGAGCAACGCCCCCCCACCCCCGCGCAGAGGCACCCCCACUUUCCAACUCCGCGGGCGAUGCAGCCGAUUCAGGACGCAGGCAAGGUGUCCGGAAUCCGGGUUCUCCCAGAGGACAGAGACCGUGACUAACGAGCGUGGGCCAGGUUUCUAGCUACCUCAGCUACACAGAAGUUGGCACGUUGCUGAAUCCUAGCCUGUGAGGGGCUAAUCUUGGUCUCCCCUUCUGAUGAAAAGAGAACAGAAGAAUGGACUACAGUCACCAAACCUCCCUCGUCCCGUGCGGACAAGAUAAAUACAUCUCCAAGAACGAACUUCUCCUUCAUCUGAAGACCUACAAUUUGUACUAUGAAGGCCAGAAUUUGCAGCUCCGACACCGUGAGGAGGAAGACGAGUUCAUUGUGGAGGGGCUGCUGAACAUCUCCUGGGGGCUGCGCCGGCCCAUCCGUCUACAGAUGCAGGAUGACAAUGAGCGCAUUCGUCCCCCGCCGUCCUCUUCCUCCUGGCACUCUGGCUGUAACUUGGGGGCGCAGGGCACCAUCCUGAAGCCCCUCACCGUGCCCAACAUUCAGAUCUCAGAAGCGGAUGCCCCGCCCGAGGGCGAGCAGACACCGAGCCCCACAGGUACAGACUCCAGGGGCCUCAAGCCCCUGCAGGAAGACACCCCCCAGCUGAUGCGCACACGCAGUGAUGUUGGGGUGCGUCGCCGUGGCAACGUGAGGACACCCGGUGACCAGAGACGAAUCAGGCGCCACCGCUUUUCCAUCAAUGGCCAUUUCUACAACCACAAGACAUCGGUGUUCACGCCAGCCUACGGCUCCGUCACCAACGUCCGCAUCAACAGCACCAUGACCACCCCCCAGGUCCUGAAGCUGCUGCUCAACAAAUUCAAGAUCGAGAAUUCCGCAGAGGAGUUUGCUUUGUACGUGGUCCAUACCAGCGGUGAGAAACAGAAGCUGAAGAACACCGAUUACCCUCUGGUUGCCCGAAUCCUCCAGGGACCGUGUGAGCAAGUCUCCAAAGUGUUUCUUAUGGAGAAGGACCAGGUGCAGGAGAUCACCUACGACGUGGCCCAGUACAUAAAGUUUGAGAUGCCUGUCCUAAAAAGCUUCAUUCAGAAGCUCCAAGAGGAAGAAGAUCGAGAAGUCAAGAAACUGAUGCGCAAGUAUACUGUGCUCCGGCUCAUGAUCCGGCAGAGGCUGGAAGAGAUGGCCGAGACCCCAGCAACAAUCUGAGCCACAUGAAGGAGGGGAUCCAGACGCCACAGGGGCCGCCACUGGCACAAGAAGACGCACAGGAAGCUGGGAGCCUUCCUUCCAUGGAAAUGUGUAGCUACAGACCCCUCCAGCUCCUGCGGAACCACCAUCCAUUGCCUACAGCAGGAUGGAGAAGCCAGCAGACAGCUCCCCAUCCUCGGAUCCCCACGCUCCUCUCCUUUCUCUCACUCACAGGACUUUUGAAUUUUGUUAUAAGGACCCAACGUGUGUGUG